GGAGCUCUGCUUCUCCCGUGAAUCGCAUAAGGCGAGGGAGCAAGUAUGCAUAUGUAAUGGGGUAAACUCACAACUCAAACAAUUGUUCCAAUUGUUUGCGUUUAUGUGCUGCAUUGAGUGUCCUAUCUCCUUUGGAGUUCAACCCUUCUAUUAUUAUUUAUUAAAAGAAAAAAAAAUCCAUUCAUAAGCAAUAAAAAGGGAAUUAUGGGAUAACUCACAAAAAAACAAAAAAAAAUAUACUCCCUCCGUCCCCCAUAGAUCUUCCCAUUAACCUUUUUUAUUUGUCCCACAUAGAUCUUCUCAUUACCUUUUUUAACAUAUAAAAUACCACAACUACUCCCACUUACUUUAUUUAUUACACCUUUUCCACUUUAUUUAAUACACCCCACCCAUUUUCAUUAAGGGUAUUUUGGUAAAUUUUUACCUUUUUUCAACUCUCCUUAAAAACCACAAAAAGUCAAAACGGGAAGAUCUUAGGGGGACAAAGGGAGUAUAAGUUAAUCAAUUGAGAUAAGUGGACCAAGAGACUACAAAUCGUUAUUAAUUACUGACCUUAGGGGAUCUUGGAAGAAAAACUUACUCACGCAAACUUUUAAAUAAGUUCAUUGUUAAAUUUUCUGAAAAGAGUGAUGAGAUAUUUACUUGUUAGAAUAUAAAGAAAAAGAUGAAGUAAUUAAUGCUAAUGAAAUUAACUGAUUAUUGCAAGGAAGUAGGAUCUUAGAAUAUAAUCAAACAAUCUUCUUCAUUCUUGUGUUGGUAGAUGAUGAGUUGCUUGAGGGCAAGCAACGUUUAAGUGUGAGGAGAUUGAUAGGAAAGUGGUUCAGGUAGCUCAGCUGGUUAGAGCAAAGGACUGAAAAUCCUUGUGUCAGUGGUUCGAAUCCACUUCUAAGCGGGCGAUAGGAACGUUUAAAAUUCAAGUGAAAGAGUAAGCCUGAGCGCUCCUGCAAAGUCCGUUUUGUACUUAUCUUUUUACUCAUAUUUAAUAUGUUCUUGUAUCAUUUUAAUUAUCAAACUAGUCAAUUAUUUAUUAUUUUUAUCAAAAAUAUAUGUUUUGGUAAAUUGAUAAUAAAAAGAAUGUCUUUGAAGUAAUAUAUAAAAUUGGGCCAAGAAUAGAGUAAAAAGAGUAAUUUUUAAUAGAAAAACAAUUCUAUCUCACAAACGGUGCGAAAUUAGAAGUCGGUGCAGAAGUAAAAAAUGUUCGGAACGAAAUUUUGAGUAAGGUAACAUCGGCAGAUUUUGGCAACCUGACAGGCGACCUGGCCGGCGGCAGGGCCGCCGGUCAGAUGGCGGCGACGGCGAAAAAAGGCUCCAAAAGCGAGGGGGAGUGCUGGCGGGCUGGCAGGCUGCAGCCUACCUGCCCUCUUGUAUUCCUGCGAUUCUGGAGAAUUCUUCAGCGGCGCCGGCGGGCUGGCCGGCGGCCGCCAGUCUGCUCGCCGGUCGGUGAUCCUCUUCUAUAAAUGGCCAGCGCAGAUCUUCUCCUUUCCUAGGCUUCUCCAAUCGGUUCUUCCCCUUUUUGGGGCAAAAAUCUUCACUUUUUACUUCUAAAUAUUGUACUAAAUUUGAGUGGGUUAAAAUUUCAUCAUUCCAAAUUAAUUCUCAAGUCCUUGAAGUACUCCAUAUUUUUGAAAAUCUGGUCGUUGGGGACCCUCUUUUCUAUAUAUUGGGACCCCCUCUCUUCACUUUUACACACACAAACACAAAUUCCUUCAAUAUAUCUACAUAUUUCAUCUUCUCUACUCUAAUCUUUUGAGAUUUCUUCACCAUGGGCAAAGAUAAGGGCAGGGUAGGAACCUCCGGGAAAUCAAAGUCCAAAUCUCGGGCGCCUACGACAUCCUCCGAAGAACGCCUUUACUACGGCGACGGGUCAUACCUCUGGUUUGAUUCCGAGGAGGAUCGCACCCGUUUCCUCACCUUCUUCUCUAAACGGGUUGUGGCUCCCCCGCGAAUCAUCCCGGAGCGCUACCCGGAGUUGCAGGGUUACGACGACCUAGACGCACAGCUUCAUCAAGCCGGCCUUUGGCCGUUCGUCUCCCGGGCGCGGAAGGAGAUCAACCCGGCGCUGAUCCGGGCCUUCUACUCCAACCUCCGGCGUGAGGACGACGUCAUCUACAGCCUCGUCAAGUCCACGCCGAUUGAGCUCACUGUAGAGCAGCUUGGGCGCAUCGCCGGCCUUCCCUUCCAAGGCGACGAUGUCUCCCACUAUGGCGGAGAGGACUGGGUGCUCAACAACGAGGGCCUUAUCCUCAACGAUCUUGGCAUCACCGAGCUCAUACGCCAUGCCUCGGGCCGCCCCACCAUCCACUCUGCUAACCCCGAAGGCCGUCUCGUUCUCUACAUCGUGUUCUGGAUCAUCAAACCCCAGAAGCACGGCCACACAAUCAUGUCCGGAGAGGACCUCAAGCUCGUCCACACGAUCAUGCACUCGGCCCCAAUCAAUUGGGCGAAGUUUGUCAUGAUCAACAUGACGAUCGCCGCGUCCACCGACCAUGAUCACCUCCUCCCGUACCCGUUUUUGGUGAUGGACAUCCUUGAACGGUUCAAGGUAACCACCACCGUUGGCCUGCUCACGAAGGCCACGAAGCUUUGGACGAUAAGUGCCCAAACCUUCACCAAGCGGUCAGACAACGCCGCGCCUGCCACUGCCGCGCCACGCCGCACUGCCCCUGCCGCUAGCCCAGCCGAACCCCAGGCCCGGGCCAACCUCGCCUCCAUCGCCGACUCCCUCAACCGGCUACACCUCAAAGUUGACGGGAUGGAUGGCUACCUUGAGCGGCUCGACGAGGCGGUCCAACGCCAAGGGUACGCCAUGAACGCGUACUUCCAACGCGUUAACUACGUCCCCCCACCGUACCAUGGCACAUUCUUUGUGCAAGUGUACGGUGACGAGGACGAAGACGAUGCCUCCUAUGCCCCGUCAAGCUCUCCGGAUGACGACGAGUUUGAUGACGCCAUUGAUGGUGAUGAGAUGGAUGUCGACGACGACGAGGACGAAACCAAAGACGAAAACUAGGACACCCCUAGAAUUUCUAUCUCUUUUCCUUUAAUUGUCUUUUUUUUAAUGCAUCCGUUGUACUCCGCUAUUUCCCAUCAAUAAAUAAAAGUAUCUUUUAUCUUUUUGUUAAUGUCAAAAGGGGGAAGAAAAGGGCUAUGCAUAU